CCACCCAAAGCCUAUACACCUGAGCACACUAUUUCAUUUCCUUCUAUACCCUUCACUGUCUCUUCGUCUCUUGUGAGUCUCACCGUCAAUCUGCAAUUGCUUGGAAAAUAAUCCAAUUGCAAUGGCGACAAGGAUGGCUGCAAGAUUUGUAUCUCGAAGGUUUUCUAGUGGCGGCAAAGUUCUUAGUGAGGAGGAAAAAGCUGCAGAAAAUGUUUACAUUAAGAAAAUGGAGCAAGAGAAGUUGGAGAAGCUUGCACGGAAGGGUCCUAAACCAGAAGAAACACCUGCCACAAGCGCCGGAGGAUCAGUCACUGAUGCCAAACCAACCAGCUCAUCCUCAACAGCUGGAACAUCAUCUGAAAAAGUGUCCACUGACAAGUACCGGAACUAUGCAGUUGUAGCCGGUACAAUCACCGUGUUUGCUUCUCUUGGAUGGUACCUUAAAGCUAGUGCAAAGAAGCCUGAAGUCCAGGACUGAAGUUAAUGUGAUGAGCAGUAAAAAAAAGUGAUGAUGAGUAGUACACAAAUACUUCUGGAUCUUUGGAUGAGUUAAUAAAGUAUAUCGGCUUUACUGUGCUCAAAUCUGUGCAUUUGUUGCAUCAGAUUAUACUUGUGUUUCAUAUAAUUGUUUCAUAAUUCUUGAGUUUGGCCUGGUGACCCUUUUCUUGGAACAUACAAUGUGGAGGCACCAUUCAGAGUUAAUUUCAGUGCAGUUGUUAUAGAAUUGUCCAAUUCAUGGGAAGUGAUAAUUAUCAAUGAUAGCUGAUGAGAAUGAUAUACAGUCUAAGAACCACUACUGUCUUUAUCA